AUGAUUCAGAAUAUUAAGAAGACAGCUCUGAUCUCUGAGUAUAUCAAUCUGUUUAUUACUGAAGUGAAACUCAAGACAGCAGACCAGAAAAUGCAGGAUUUUGAGACACAGAUUGACCUGACUGAGAGAGAGCAGCAGAAACCCUUCUCUGAGAAGAUAGUAAAGAGAGAUUUUAAAAUGAUUAUCAUCUUAGAUGAGAAGAAGAAGAAGAAGAAUAAUAAUAAGAAGUGA